AUGGGUAGUGUCACCAAGCCAGAUGAUAAAGCGGUAGACAUUCCGGAAAAGCUGUACGAUGCUGGCACUAAGCGGACGUACCGGAGAAACCGAUUCUUCGGAAAGGGUGGCUUCGCCAAGUGCUAUGAGAUAGUGGACGUAGCCACGAACGAGGUGUUUGCCGGCAAGAUCGUCUCAAAGAAGCUGAUGAUGAAGCACAACCAGAAGGAGAAAAUGACGCAAGAAAUUACGAUCCAUCGUUCGCUGGGGCACAAAAACAUUGUCGCCUUUCACAGCUUCUUUGACGAUCCGCUCAAUAUUUACAUCGUCCUGGAGCUCUGCAAGAAGCGGUCAAUGAUGGAGCUGCACAAGCGCCGAAAGUCUAUCACCGACUACGAAUGCAAGUACUACAUGCAUCAGGUGAUGACCGGGGUGAAAUAUCUGCACGACAAGCACAUCAUCCACCGGGAUCUGAAACUGGGAAAUCUGUUUCUGAACGACGAGCUGCACGUCAAGAUCGGGGACUUUGGACUCGCCACCAAGAUCGAGUUCGAGGGCGAGCGGAAAAAGACGCUUUGCGGGACACCGAACUACAUUGCACCGGAAAUUCUGAACAAGAAGGGCCACAGUUACGAGGUGGACAUCUGGUCGAUCGGAUGCGUCAUGUACACGCUGCUCGUCGGUCAGCCACCGUUCGAGACAAAGAGCCUGAAGGAUACGUACAAUCGGAUUCGCAAAUGUGACUAUCGGUUGCCGCCGACGCUGCGCAACAAUGCGGCCGAAAUGAUCUGUGCUAUGCUGCAGUCGGAUCCGUUGAAGCGACCCAGCAUACACAAGCUGUUCGAGUUCGACUUUCUGGCGGGUGGUUACAUCCCGAAUUCGCUGCCAAUCUCUUGCCUCACGAUGGCACCCCGUGCGGAUCAGUUGGAGCAGGCGGAGCGUAUGAACAGGAAGCCACUGUCUGAAAUGAAUGGUGGUGGAGGAGAUGAUACCCGGUGCGAAUCAUCCUUCCUGAAGAAUAAUCUACAUGAUGCGAUCACUGCCAGUGGUAUGAUGUCGCGUCACAACGAUACGUACCGUGCGGACAUCGAAACAUUGCACAAGGAGCUAACGAAGCUUUUCCUGGCCAAACCACCCCGGCUGGCAAGUAAUCUGGAUGAUGAAAACACGGAUCCGGCCGUCCAGCCUUUGUUCUGGGUAUCGAAAUGGGUCGACUACAGUGACAAGUACGGUUUCGGCUACCAGCUCAGCGAUGAAGGCAUGGGUGUGAUGUUCAACGACACCACCAAAUUAAUUAUGCUUGCCAAUGGACUCAAUGUUCACUUUAUCGAUAAAGAGGGCCAAGAAUCCUACUGGGACGUGAACAAUUUCCCACCGCAUCUGGAGAAAAAGAUGAAGCUGCUUACCUACUUCAAGCGUUACAUGAUGGAGCACCUGGUGAAGGCCGGUGCAGGCGUAAUGAAUAUUGAAAGCGAUCAAUUAUCACGUAUACCGCAUAUGCACACCUGGUUCCGCACGAUGUGCGCGGUCGUCAUGCAUCUAACAAAUGGCACUGUGCAACUCAACUUCUCCGAUCAUCAAAAGAUUAUACUCUGUCCACGAAUGCGUGCCGUGACGUUGAUGGAUAACAACAAAAACUUCCGCACGUACCGCUUCCAGACGAUCAUAGAGCAUGGCUGCUCGAACGAUCUGUACACCAAGAUUCGGUACGCUCACGAAAAGAUAAAGAAACUGCUGGAAAAGCUGUCCUAA